AUGACAACAUCAUCUGAUUGGUCCAACCUGACCCUCCACCUGCAGGAUUCAUUAACUCAUGCUCUGAACGAUUUCCUGAAGCAAUGGCAAUGGAACGACACACGGGCUGAGCGUGAAAUAAAUGUCCGACUGGCUGAAGAAAACUUCGAUAACGUUAUAUGGUAUCUAGUGGUAAUGAUAGGGAUCUAUGCCUUCAUUGUGGUGGCCAUUCUAGUGAGCACAGUAAAGUCCAAACGCAGGGAGCACUCCAAUGACCCCUACCAUAAGUACAUCGAGGGAGAAUGGAGCUCACAACCUCAGAUUCAAGCAUACAACCAAAGCUACAUCAUCUCCAACCCGAGCACAAGAAACUUUGAUGGACCUGGUUCACCAUGA